AUGCAGCACGUGGGCGGCGAGCGGAUCGGCGCCCUCGAACGCGGCGUGGACAUGCUCAAGGCCAUCAAAGACCUCGCCGCAGAGCUGCAAGAGAAGCCGACGAUGGAGACGUGUGUGUCGCUGGCGUGGCGCGACUUCCACGCGUUUUCCCGCGACGUCAUACUGGACCUCAUCGCCACUUUCCCCGCAGGCGCAAAGACCAAGAGUGGAGAGCCCUUUUGGUCAGAUGUUGCGGCGUGGUUCAUCAACAAGCGCAAGGUGUACCCUGUCAAGCCUGACCUUGACGACUCCAAGCUCCCGCCAAUCGACAUCCCCAUCAAUGCGCCAGAUCAUGCAGACUGGCGGGACGCAGGUGAACGCCCUCAUCCAGGCGAGCGCAAGGCAAGGAGCUCUGGCAAGAUGCCCGAGGCCACGGGCCAAGGCGACGCGCCAACCGACAAGAGCAUCAAGCGCCUGGCACAGGAGGCAGGCCUGGACACCAAGAAGAAGAAGCUGCUUGUGUUUGACGACGUCGCCCUGACAAACGAGGAUGGCGACGCUGACAUGCAAGCAGCGCGUGCCCGUCACAGCAACCGACAUGGUGUGGACCAAGGACGGCAAGCACCUCAUCGGCCCCUCUAUUCCCGCGUGUUCAUCUGCGGCUUGGGUGGACAUGAAGCUGAACGCACCAUCAUCUUCGAGGAUCCAUUUCCUGGCGCUGAGCUUGCAUGCGCCGCCGCGUCCGGUGGCACUCCGUGGGUCAUCCAGAGGUGGCAGAAGGAGCCAUACCAGUGCAAGCUGCACCGCGUGCCAGACCUCAAGUGCAUGGCGGUCGUGCUUUGCCGUCCACCUCCGAACACACGCGCUGCAUGGCAGUCACGCCCACUCUGUAUCGCGGGCAACAAGACGGGCGUCAUCUCUUUGUGGCAGCUUGGUGAGCCAUCGACCUUGCUUGCAGAGUGGAGGGCUGAUGUUGUCGGUAAUGGCGAGGAGACGAUACAAGACGUGGGCGGAGAAGCAGCGAGAGGGGAAGUAGAGGCGGAACCGGCGAGCAAGGAGCCACCCUCACAUCCACACGAUCAGCAACAACACAACAUGAAGGGACAGCAGCAGUGGCGCCAACAACAGCAGCAGAAGCAGCAGCGGCAACAACAACGACACGCGCCCGUUUGUGUUGAUCGUGCGACGUUGGCAGAACCCAAAGAGGUCACGGGCGUUCGUGUUCCGCACAUCGCAGCGUUUGCGGACAGCAGCAACAAGCUUGCUAGCGCGUGCGGAAACACAGUGCACGUCUACGCCAUUGAACACCACCAGCAUGACCACCACCAGCUGCAACAACGGCAGCAUGACCAGCAGCAGCAGCAACAACAGCAGCAGGAGCGGCAGCAGUAG